UUACGUAACUAUCCCGUUCUACCGCACAUAUACAGUAUAUUCUGGUCUCUCGGUGGACUUAAUUGACUUAUAUAUGGGGGGCAGCCACUGUCCCCUGCCCAUACCUAAUCACUACUCUGUUCUUCACGCUGAUCAGAUCUACAUCUUCUGUUUCCAUCACUUUCUCUUUUAUGUACUAAAUCAGAGAAACGAUGAAUAAUACGAGAUCGGCUAGUUCUUCAGUUUCUCCAGCAACUCCAGAUCUAUUAGACAACCAUCGUCAAUCGAGUUGUGGAGAGUUCUCACGAUUAGAGAAACGAAUGGGACCCAGGAACAUGACGUUUCACUCGAAGUCUAUGCCUAGAGGUUCCAUGUUUCUUGACCAAGAAGCUUUUAGGAGCUCGCACGACAAGAGGUAUGACCUAUUCAGGACCAUGUCAGGGAAGCUCGAACGUCAGAUAUCGAAUUUACGUGGAAAACCUAUUGACAGCUCGUUGCAGGAGGAGGAUAAAGAGAUCACUGAAUCUCUACCCGCUGAUAGAUUCUUUGACGCUCUUCACGGUCCUGAACUUGAAACUCUCAAGGAGAAGGAGAAGAUAGUUUUGCCUGAGGACAAAACGUGGCCGUUUCUUCUACGCUUUCCAAUAACAUCGUACGGGAUGUGUCUUGGAGUAAGCAGUCAAGCCAUCAUGUGGAAGACCUUAGCAACCACAAACGCUGAGAGAUUCUUGCACUUGACGCAAGUGGUCAACCACGUGCUUUGGUGGAUCUCUCUCGUCCUCCUCGUCGCCGUCUCCAUUACUUACCUCUUCAAAACCAUUUUCUUCUUCCAGGCGGUUCGCAGAGAAUUCAAGCAUCCGAUCCGAGUCAACUUCUUCUUCGCUCCUCUCAUAUCAGUCCUCUUCAUGGCACUUGGAAUCCCACAUUCCAUCACCUCGAAUCUUCCCUCUAUGCUUUGGUACUUCUUGAUGGCUCCGGUCUUGUUUCUUGAAAUGAAGAUUUACGGGCAGUGGAUGUCUGGAGGACAAAGACGCCUCUCCAAAGUUGCUAAUCCUACGAAUCACCUUGCCAUUAUUGGAAACUUCGCCGGAGCACUUCUUGGAGCAUCAAUGGGGUUGGAAGAAGGACCAAUGUUUUUCUUUGCCGUUGGUUUGGCUUAUUAUUUGGUCUUGUUUGUGACUCUCUAUCAGAGACUUCCCACAAACGAGACAUUACCUAAAGAGCUCCACCCUGUCUUUUUCCUCUUCGUGGCUGCACCGGCUGUCGCUUCAAUGGCUUGGACACAGCUUUGUGGCUCUUUCGAUCUUGGUUCCCGCUUUUACUACUUCAUUUCCUUGUUCUUGUACUUCUCUCUGGUUGUGCGGAUCAACUUUUUCCGUGGAUUCAAAUUCUCGCUAGCUUGGUGGGCUUACACGUUUCCUAUGACGGCGGUGGCCACUGCGACGAUAAAAUACUCAGGGGAAGUCACCGGAGUAGCAACUCAGGUCUUGUCGAUUGUGAUGUCUGGAGCAGCAACUCUGAUGGUGAUAGGUGUCCUGGUAUUGACGGUGGUGCACGCUUUUGUGAAAUGUGAUCUCUUCCCUAAUGACGUUGCCAUUGCAAUAAGUGCUGAGCAACCGAAGCAGAAGAAAUGGUUCAAGCAGCUCAAAAAUGGAAGUUUUGGACUUAAGGUUUCGGACAAAGAAGAUAAUCAAAUAGAUGUGGAAGCCCCUCCUUUAUUAAAUGCACACACGGUUUAGUUAACCAUAUCAUCUAGCUUAGCAGUAUAAAACAAAGUAUAAUAAAGCAGAAGGCAGCAACUAAGAAAAACUCUCUAGGGAGGGAGGAUACUGGAUUACUGGUUGCAAGCUCCUCAAAUUUAGGCAUGGGUGUUUUACAACUACUAUUUUUGUCAUGUCUUUGACAAGAUCUAAGAAAACAUCGCUGCAGCCGCUAAAUCUAUUU